AUGGCCGAAGCAACCAAAGAACCAAAGCACCGCAUAAAGGUGACAGCCGGGGGAGAUUACGACCCCACCACGCACCAGACUGUCUCAGUCAACGGCAACACCCUACGAAUCGAGAACGACCGCGUAACCCUAGAUCUCGCCGUCCGCAUCCAAGACUACCAUGGAUACCCCGACAACUCUCCCACAACAAGCACCUACUUCGAAGACCCCCUCCACACAGACGACCAAUAUUCCAUCUCCAUCUCAUUCACCCCGAAAGAAGACAUCAACGGCAAUGACCUAAUUUACGGCAAUGACUUUGACCGACCGCUUCGCGAUCGUCUACCAAUGGGCUUUAACGCAGCCCUCCGUCUCGUUAAAUGGACCCUCGAUCCCUCCAUCGACGGCGACGCUUAUGCCGAUAAGCCCUACUUGUACAGUCCUGCCUUGGCUACGUGGAAUCAGUUCCGUAUCGGAGGCAAGAAGUUUCAGGAUAUGACCGGGGAUUAUGUUGUCAAGGAAGGUGCUGAUGGUGAGGGCGGGGAGCUUCGCGAUCAGCUUCAGAUUCCUGAUACGCCGGAUGCGCGCCGAAAGCAUUUUCAGAAGGAGGGGAGUCGCCAAGGCUUUGUGUUUGAGGCCGGGAGGUCUUACAUGGCUGAUUUUGGCAAUCGGUAUUUGUGUUUUAGUGAUUUCUCUGUCCGCCUGCCUGGAUUUCACAUUCCCGUGGAAGGACUGGUUGAUGCUGAUCAUAAUGAGCUUCGAUAUGUUCUGAAAAACUCCAAGACUGGGACGGUAUACCUUGUGGUUUCGUUUACUCUCCUUCCUAACCAGGAGACCUCGCCAACGGAAAAUGUUGAAGGCGCGCAGGCCACAUCCCAGGAAGAUGUCGAUUAA